AUGAUUUUGGAAACUUCGUUCCAACCGAGGAUCUAUAAUAUUGCUGAAAGGCGUAAUUACACAGCAAAUUUUGCUUCAAACGAUUAUGAAACCAAUUUCUUAAAUAAGGGAACGCCACUAGUUAUUGAUAACGGAUCAUAUCAGUGUCGUGUUGGGUGGGCUACUGACAAUUCACCAAGAUUACAAUUUGAUAAUUUGGUUUCUAAGUAUAAAGAUCGUAAAUUGAAUCAAAGCGUUUUGUUGGUCGGCAAUGAUGUUUAUACGGACGCUACGGCAAAAACGAAUGCAAAAUCAGCAUUUGAUGGAAAUGUGGUUUAUAAUUUUGAAACGAUGGAAUCUGUUUUAGAUUACAUCUUUAUCAAACUUGGAAUCAAUACCGAUAGAGUAAAUCACCCAAUAUUGAUGACUGAACCUGUCUGCAAUCCAAGUCAUUCGCGAAAACUGAUGUCAGAGCUGUUAUUUGAAUGUUAUCGUGUACCAUCGGUGUGUUAUGGUAUUGACGCGCUUUUUAGCUUUCAUUGUAAUGGAUUAUCUUCCGAUGAAGGUGGAAUUGUGAUAUCAUCCGGUCAUACUACGACCCAUGUUAUACCAGUAUUUGGUCGUAGCGUGUUAGGACAGACUAAAAGGAUAUCAUAUGGUGGAUUGACAUCAACGGAUUACAUGUUAAAGUUAAUGCAAUUAAAAUAUCCAACAUUUCCAACAAAAAUGACUGUUAACCAAGCACAAGCUAACGAAAAGAGUGAGGAAGAAUUAGCUAGGGCAGAAGAAAGAAGGCAGGAGCAAGCACGUCGUUUAAAAGAACAAGCUGCGAAAUUAAGGCAUCAGAAACUAAAAGAUCUAGAAAGCACUUUGGAAUUCUACAUGGAAAUCAAAACAAGUAAAUCCUCAAUGAAAAAAGCAGAAUUUAUUGUAUGGU